CUACAUCGAUGGGUCAGUGCCUGCACCUGCGACUCUGUACCCGUCGGUCAUUUCCUGUAUUCCGUGCGCCUGCCUCCCACUCGCCACUGACGGGCAGCCCCGCCAGCCGUCCUCACCCACUGAUUGGGCGCCGCUUGCAACCUGCGGACGGGAGGGAACAGGCGAGCCAGCCCGCGGCGGCGGCGGCUGCUGAGCCGGAGCAGUCGGACCUAGAGGGCAGUGCAACACCGACGGAGGGCGGUCCCUGCAUGCUCGGUCGCUGCAGACACAGACACAGACACACGGCAGGAAGCGCAGAGCCGGGGCGCUGAACCCUUGUAACAGAAAAUGAGAGCGGCGCGUCUGCCCAUCGCCCCGCGACGGUGCUGCUAGCCCCGGAGGGGGCGAGCGAGCAACCUUUCCGCAGGGGUGGAGUUGUUCAACAUGCUGCCUGGCGUGGGGGUUUUCGGCACCAGCCUCACCACACGGGUGAUCGUCCCUCUGCUGCAGAGUCAGGGCUUCCCGGUCAAAGCACUGUGGGGAAGGACGCCCGAGAAAGCCGAGGAGCUGGCCAAGGAGAUGGACGUGCCCUUCUACACCAACAGGAUCGACGACGUUUUGCUGCACCACGACGUCGACUUGGUUUGCAUCAACCUGCCGCCUCCACUCACCCGCCAGAUCGCUGUAAAGACCUUGGGAAUCGGGAAGAAUGUCAUCUGUGACAGAGCUGCAACUCCUCUGGAUGCUUUUCAGAUGAUGUCAGCUGCACAUUAUUACCCCAAACUAAUGAGUAUCAUGGGUAACGUUCUCCGUUUCCUUCCUGCUUUUGUUAAAAUGAAGCAAAUGAUUCAAGAGGGUUAUGUGGGGGACUUGAUGAUCUGUGAAGUCCAGGUUCAUAGUGGAAGCCUUCUGGGUAAGAAGUACAACUGGAGCUGUGAUGACCUAAUGGGUGGUGGAGGACUACACUCAGUAGGAAGCUACAUUAUUGAUCUUUUGACUUUUCUAACCAGCCAAAAGGCUGUCAAAGUCCACGGCUUCCUAAAAACCUUUGUGAAGCAGACAAAACACAUCCGAGGGAUUCGCCAGAUCACCAGCGAUGACUUCUGUACAUUUCAGAUGGUAUUAGAAGCUGGCGUGUGCUGUACUGUAACACUGAAUUUCAACGUUCCUGGAGAUUUCAAGCAGGACAUCAUUGUGGUGGGAUCCACUGGGAGAUUGAUAGUAAGCGGUAGUGAUUUGUACGGACAGAAAAACAAUGCCACUCAAAAGGAAUUGAUUCUGGAAGACUCGACUCCUUUAAGCAAUGAAUUGCUCCCAGAAAAAGCUUUCAGGGAUUGCCCAAUCCCAUUCCUCAGGGGAACCAUCAUGAUGGUUCAAGCUAUUCGACAGGCAUUCCAAGACCAAGAAGAUCGUCGGACCUGGGACGGGAGACCACUAACUAUGGCAGCAACAUUUGAGGAUUGUUUGUAUGCAUUGUCUGUGGUGGACACCAUUAAAAAAUCCAAUGAAACUGGUGAAUGGCAGAACAUUGUGAUCAUGACAGAAGAACCCGAGAUUAGCCCUGCAUAUCUGAUCAGCGAGGCAAUGCGUCGCAGUAGGAUGUCCCUAUUAUACUAACUUUUAAUUGCUUUACAUAGCAAGUAGUUAGGGCUAAGGAUGUUCAGGGAAUCACUGGGUGAGCACGUUGAUGCGAUACUAAUAGAAUUUCCUGGUUUAAGUAACGUUGGCACAUCUAUAAAAUGUAUUUGCAAUAUGCCAAGUAAAUUUAAAAUGGUGUGUGUGGCAAGUAUUAUUGAAACAAACAAGUGCUGGUAACUAUUGACGAUCAUCCCGACUUGGGUUAUUGUAAACUUUUUAAAAGGAAAUUGUUUUCUAUUACAUUUUGAUAUGUUGACUUCUGUUAGAGUUCAUUAUGUUAGGGAAAGGGGUGCAUUUUAUACUUUAGCAUCCCAGAGCUUUGCAGAAUUGCAGCAAGUGUCUUUGCACACAGAGUCUAAUAAUCCAUGCCUGCUGUGAUCCAGAAGCGUAGAACAUCUUUGCAGAAAUUCUUUACAUACAUUAUGCUUGAACAAAGUUCUGUAGUAGAAGCACGGUACAGAAAAUUACCCUGGCAUUAGAAAUUAUAUAUUUUUUUACAUUCUGCAACCAGAAGGCAGAGUUUACUAUGCAAUGUGUAUGUAAUAUCAGUUGUUUUCACAAUGGAGUGACAUAAAGGAAUUAUUUGUAAUGUGAAGCAUAUAGAUUUCUUGGUGCCUGAUUGUUGAAUACACCACUGGAGCAUGCUUGGCUGCAGGAUGCUUAGCUGCCCUUUUAACAAGUGCAUUUCAAGAGGACACCUAAUGAAAAUGAUAACGUUUUAAUUAAAAGCUGUUUUAAAGUAGUCAUUUAAAUAACCAAUAGUGAUACUGAAAUUUGUCUGCUGUCGUGAGCAUUACGCACGCAAUGUGGUAUGGUAAUUACAUUGGAUGCUGCUUCUGAAUUGUUAUUACACCCCAACUUUGUUUGAAAAUAACAAAAGAUGGUUUUCCACCUCAGUAUGUUUUACAAUCUUGUGUAAUAGUGUACUGGUUUGAUACCUAAGGGAACACAAAUUGAAAUUUGGCAUUCAUUUUAAACCAGAAUUUGAAAUUAAAAUGAAAUGAAUAGAAAGGU